CACCCUCUCUCUUUCUCUCAUUCACAUAAAGCAGGACGAGGUGUCAUGGUAUUAACAUACAAUGCUCCCGGGCUAUUUUUUUUUCUUACAUCAUACCUAUUAGAGGUUCAGGUUUUUAUAGACACACAACAUCAGUGAGAUGAAAGACCUCGUGGCUCUUCAGUCGGAUCAACACUUUUUGUAUGUUUUUUCCAAAGUCAAGUUUUCGCUCUGAGAGUUGGAGAAGCAUCUUGGGAGCUACAAGUUAUUCGAACACACUGGAUUGCUGUCGUUGAGGGAAAUAUAUUUUUUGUUGUUGUUGUUGGGAAAACUUUUGUACUUUUCUCGUGUGUGAAGAAAAAUCCUUUCCCAUCAAAGGCAUUCAGGUGUGUUUCUUCUGCCAUGAAAGCUCAGCGUGUGUCAGACGCUUUGCGCAGAUGCUGGAAAUCUGCUACCUGGAUCCUCACCUGCCUGCUGGUAUCAGUGUUCCUCAUCGCCAUCACCAAUAUUCUGCCAUCCGGAGAUCACAAGCUGAAACGAAGAUCAGUCCCCACCAAUAACACAAGUCCUGCAGGGAAAACACAGUCUCAAGUACGGCUGAUGAAUGGUAAAUCCCAGUGUGAGGGUCGUGUGGAGGUCCUGCAUAACGGCACAUGGGGGACGGUCUGUGAUGAUGACUGGGACAUGGUGGACUCCAAUGUGGUCUGCAGACAGCUGGACUGCGGUGUGGCCGUGGCCGUCGGAAGCAGCUCCAGAUUUGGACAAGGCUCCGGUCCAAUUCUGCUGGACAACGUGGACUGUAAAGGAGGAGAGAUGGACUUGAGCCAGUGUGGGAAUCAGGGAUGGGGCGUCCAUAACUGCUACCAUUAUGAAGAUGUGGCCGUCACAUGUAGAGGCAAUAAUGUUGUUGAAAUGCGAGCGGCGCCCACCACACCAACCCCCCAGAGCUCUGGAUUAAGAGAUGGAUCGGUUCGUCUGGCGGGGGCGGCGGACCGCUGUCAGGGCCGGGUGGAGGUCUACUAUCAGGGAAACUGGGGGACGGUGUGUGAUGAUGACUGGAGCAUAGCAGAUGCCACAGUCGUGUGUCAACAGCUCAGCUGCGGGUCAGCGGUCGGAGCUCCAACAAAUGCCUACUUCGGCUACGGCACGGGCCGGAUUCUGCUGGACAACGUGAACUGCAACGGGCACGAGAGCAGCCUGGCCUCCUGCUACAGCCUCGGGUGGGGAGUCAAUAACUGCGGACACCAUGAGGACGCCGGCGUUAUCUGCUCAGGGUCAAGCUCCACCAUGAUGCCGGAUAUAAACACAGAUACUGCAGGCAGAGGAUUCCUCUUUCCAGAAAGCACAGCAGUGACAGAAAUGCCAGUGGCAGCUACUGAAAUGACAACCACAGUGAGGACUACUGCAUCAACGACCAAAGAGAAGCCCAGUAUUCGUCUGGUGAACGGUCAGGACAGUUGUCAGGGCCGAGUGGAGGUGCUGUACUUCACCAUCUGGGGAACGGUGUGUGACGAUGACUGGGACAUGGACAACGCUCAGGUGGUCUGCAAGCAGAUGGGGUGCGGCCCGGCCCUCGCUGCCAAAUCUCUGGCUUUCUUCGGCUACGGCUCCGGUCCAAUCCUCCUGGAUAACGUGGACUGUAACGGCAGCGAGAAGAAGCUGAGCGACUGCUUCAAUCUGGGCUGGGGACAGCAUAACUGCGGACAUUAUGAGGACGCUGGAGUCAUCUGUGCACCACCUAUGGAUUUUGUGGUAAUGGGAAGAGACUUUGCAGGGAUAACAGACAAGCCUUCAAUAACUACAACUACAACUGCAACAACCACAACUACAACACCAGCGGAUGCCUCCAUCAGGCUGAUUGGCGGUGUGCAUCGCUGUGAGGGUCGUGUGGAGAUUUACCUGAGAGGAGAAUGGGGAACGGUGUGCGAUGACGCCUGGGAUCUUACGGAUGGUACGGUGGUGUGCAGACAGAUGGGCUGCGGCGGGCCAAGAGUGGCUCAGGGCUCAGCGUUUUUCGGUCCCGGUCGUGGCACCAUCCACAUGGACAAUCUGAAAUGCACGGGCGCAGAAGCCACUCUCAUCCACUGCUCACACAUAGCAUGGAACGUCCACAACUGUGACCACUCAGAGGACGCCAGUGUCACAUGUGCACUCUAAUGACACAGGCCACGCCCACCUGGCUGAUCCAAUGGAAACACUAGAGUGGAAAAGGACUUGUAUAAGUUGUACAUAACACCUCACGCCAACCUUGAUGGAUAGAUUAAUAAAAUGUUAUGGGUAUUUGGGUUGGAAACAAGAAGAUGAAAAAUAAGUUAUGCCAAUAUUGUUAUACAGGGUGGGUGAAAAGUAACCAGGGUUCAAAUGGGACCUAUUAUGCAGAAAUCUCUUUAAACACAGUUGUGUGUCAGCAGUGUGCGAAUAUA